GCUCGGGGUCUUAACAAAACUAUUUUAUUCAAUUUUCUACUUACCGGGCACACUAAGUUCGCGCCUGAUCGUUACUUCGGUAUUUUCAAAAGUAAGUAUGCCGUCAGUAACAUCGACACCUGGGGGUUAUAAUAAAGCUGUAUCGGCUGAAAAAGUCGUCUGGUAUGAAUGGGACAGCUAUUUUAAACCACUGUACAAGUCACUUGUUGGAAUAACGCAAUUCCAUCAUUUCAUAAUCUCUACAGAUUGUGUAAAAACAAAGAAAUUCGCAGACAGUGAAGAAGUGCAGUCCUUUAAGCUUCUGUUAAAACCUUUCGAUCCUGAAAUGUCGAAAGUUAUACAACCAGCCGGUUUAUCUUUGGAACGUCAGUGGUACAUCUAUCACAAUCUUCGCAGCUUAGUUUCGGAUAUAUCUAAAGUAGAUAUUGUGGCUCCAUUGCCGAAAGAUUUGCCAUCGAAGAAACGGAAGGCAAAAACUAGUAAAGAUGUUCUCAAACCAGACGAGGGACCAGGUCCAUCUUCCUCAGGAUCAACACGUAAAAAGAUCUCAAGGAAAACGACAACAAAGAAAAAUAAAUAAACUACUCAGCAUUAUUAUUU